CAAAAUGUAAAAGUGUUUAUUUUUCUUUUCUUUUUCUUUUCUUCGAGAACUUCCUUUGUACACAAAUAACAGGGAUCGGUUUUACCUCGGUUGACAUUUGCAGCGCAAUGCCAUUGGUGAAAAUAAUCGGUGCCCAGCCCACAACGUCCACAGCCGCGGCGGUGGCCAUUGAAGUGGCGACAUUUACCCGAAAUCAAUCUCUACCGCCUGAGCCACCGCCAAGCAAACCCAAAUUCCCACAACCGAGGCAAGAGCAAAAGGAGGAAAUAAAAUUUUGGGGAAAAGUACCGUUGUGGAAGGAUAAAACACCGGAAGGUGUACUCGCCGCGCGUAAGAUCCACACCGAUUUCCUAAUAGAGGUGCACAUGCAUGCGCUCUUCUAUCUAAUUUUGGCCAUCAUAGAAUGGAUUAUGCUGUAUAAAAUCGCAGCAGUUGUUAGCUUCGUUCGGCGUCAUUACUGUCUGGCCUUAGUGCCGUUUGCGUGUAGCUUCACGAUGCUGGUUACCCUGGUAUUCUUCUACGAUCUCAUAACGAAAGACAGACAUAAAGCGGUGUUUUACAUCUACACGUUUAUAAUGCUUCAGCUUUCCACCAUUGCCGUGGCUAUGCCGAUCUCUUCCUCCGUUUUUAGCCAGUUGCUGUUCUCUGGUAUCAUUUCAGCGAUUGUCAUAAUUGGCAGCAUCGUAGUAGCGCAAUCCAGGAAAGAUUUUUAUAUAUAUAAACCACGUUUCAUAUUUGCUUGGACCUGCCGAUGUUUCUUGGUUGCCUCAAUGGGUAUUAUAGUGGGAAUAUCACUGAAAAGUCCACACUUCGAUGUGGUGAUGACAUUGACAAUGUUAUUUUUUAUGUCCGUGUAUAUACUUAUGUGUGGACGUGCAAUAAGCCGUGCCGAAUUCAUUUGGAUGGACACUUAUGGACCACAUAUGUAUGGCACAUUGUUCUAUAUGAAUUAUAUGACGCUCUACUCGAUGGGCGUAUUGCUCUUUGUGGAAAUACAUGAAGUUGGGAAAUUAUAAUGAAAAAUAGAGAUAUGUAUAUAUAUA